GGCACUGGGUCGUGGGUGCGGUUUCUGAUUGGUACAGCAAACGAUUACGUUACGUUUCUCUCUGAUAGUCAAUCAAGCAUACGUCGGAAUAAAUCUGAUGGGCGAAUUGUUUCUCCAAAGCACACGGGUUUCCCGCCCUUACAGCUGUCUAUUUAAUCCGCGCUCCGAGGGGAUUUUGUUCAUUUCACCGUCUAGAACCGACUGCUGAAAUGCCCGAGGCGCAGAAAUCCGCUCCCAAGAAGGGCGCCAAGAAAGCUUUGCCCAAACCAUCGGGCAAGUCCGGCAAGAAACGCAGGAGGGUGAGGAAGGAGAGUUACUCCAUCUACAUCUACAAAGUGAUGAAGCAGGUUCACCCCGACACCGGCAUCUCCUCCAAGGCCAUGAGCAUCAUGAACUCGUUCGUCAGCGAUAUCUUCGAGCGCAUCGCGGGCGAGGCUUCCCGGCUGGCUCAUUAUAACAAGCGAUCGACCAUCAGCUCCCGGGAGAUCCAGACCGCCGUGCGCCUGCUGCUCCCCGGGGAGCUGGCCAAGCACGCCGUGUCGGAAGGGACAAAGGCGGUGACCAAGUACACCAGCUCCAAGUGAAGAGUGCGGACAGAACAAAGCGGAAACCCAACGGCUCUUUUAAGAGCCACUCACAGAUUCACUGAAAGAGUUAAUAUGUAAUAUUUAGCAUUAAUCAGUGCCCCAAAGCCAUUGAAUUGAAGUAAAUCUGGAAAUUCGUUUCCUUUUUGUAUGAGCUAAUUCAGAUUCUAUCCAUGUUAAUCAAUCGACUGUUCGAUAUAAUCCCGAGGUCUUUGUUACAUUCUUUCUACUACACACACGG